GUCUGUGCCUUGGCCAUCAGCGGUUUACGCGCUCUAGUUGUUGGUGCACAGAAAGUGGAUUUGGUUAAAGACCCGGCCAGGACUAAAGGACCUAGCAGUAUCCCAGGGAAUGGCCCAGGAUCCGUGUCAACGCGCCUGCUCCGGCUGCAUGGCCUGAUCUCCACCGGCGGCGGAUAAGCUGCAGUUGAAGCCUUCGAGAUGCUCCGAGCUCUCCGCAGCUGCACAACAACACCGUCAGCAACACCGGCCCGAGGACUCAGCUAUGCUUUUCAGACGGAGAGCCAGGAUGUUGCGAUGGCUGGUUUGUGGUCGCUUGGGUCCAGUGUGGAUGUGGAAGGCAUUGCUUCUCUUCGGGGCAAUUGCAUUCGCCAGCCAGUUGUUGGGGGUCAUCUUCAACAAGAGCAGUGUACAUCCAGCUGCUCACUCCAUUUUCUCGUUCCCUGAUGCUCAGGGGCCCUCUUUGGGCUCCUGUCAGCCCCACACCCACAUCAUGUUCCUGAAGACCCACAAGACGGCCAGCAGCACUGUGCUCAACAUGCUGUACCGAUUUGGAGAGGAGCGCAACCUUCGCUUUGCCCUGCCAAUGAGCUACCAGCUGGGCUAUCCACUGCCCUUCAAUGCUCACAGGGUCAAAGGUUAUCGGGGUCCUGGAGCCAAGGAGUUCCACAUCAUGGGAAAUCACAUGAGAUUUGACAGGCUGGAGGUGGAGAAGGUGAUGCCGGAAGACACCUUUUACUUUUCUAUCAUCCGAGACCCGGUUUCUCUGGCUGAGUCCUCCUUUUCGUAUUUCAAAGAGGUAGCACCUGCCUUUCGGAAGGCCAAAGGCUUGGGCGACUUUGCUGAUGACCCUAAGAAAUACUACGACCCUCGUUUGCGCAACAAUCACUAUGCCCGUAAUGUUCUGUCGUUUGACUUUGGAAUGGACCACAAUGCUAAUUUCUCUAUGGCACUGGCUCAACGUGGUGAGGCCAUGAUCCGCCAGGCCUUCAAUCUGAUUCUGAUGUCCGAGUACUUUGAUCAGUCCAUGAUCCUGUUGAGGCAUGCCCUCUGCUGGCCACUGGACGCUGUUGUCUCUUUCAGCCUUAAUGCCCGCCAGCAGAAGCCCAGUGGCAUUGGGGUGAUGGGAGGGAGCCGGUUUGGCAAAGGUGCGGCAGGUUUCGGUGAUAGAGGAGGACAUUCUCAAGCCAAAAUGCCGCCCAAUCUGCCACUCACAGAGGAACAGCGUGAAAGGCUGCGGCAGUGGAACGCCUUAGACUGGUACUUAUACAAAGCCUUCAACCAGACCUUCUGGGAGGAAAUUCAGAGGUUUGGUCUCACUGAGAUGGAGCAGGAAGUAGCUCUUCUCAGGGCACGGCGGGAUGUACUGGCCCAGGUUUGCCUCAGGAAUGGUGGGAAACCUUUGGAGGCAUACCGGAUCCGAGAUAAAACCAUCCGGCCAUAUCAGACUGGAAUGGUAAAGAUUCUUGGCUAUGAGCUUCAACCGGGGCUGGACAACGCCACCAGAACAGCCUGUCUGAGAAUGAUCAGGCCAGAGAUCCAGUACAAAGACGUGCUUGAUGCUAAACAAUUCCCACGGGAUUCUGCAUCUCAAGUCCAGCCAGGGCAACAGAGCCAGGGACGGGUGGUCUCAGCCGGUGGCUCUUUUUUAAAACAAGACUCAUCGAGAACAGGAGAGACACUGGUUGCGGGAGAGGUUGGGGGGAGGACAGUGGAGGAAAGGGAGCGAGACUGGGAUGCAAGCCAUUCAAUUCGGACCAACCAGACUUUGACGCGAGGGAAAGAAAAGGAAGGUUGAGAUGGUUUGAGACUGAGGAGCUGCUGUGUCUUCAGUGCUGCCACCAGGAUCGCAGUACUUCAGCACCACUUCAUAUAACACUGCACCUGACUGUGCAUCCUUUCCAGCCAUUUAAUUUGCUUUUAAGAUUGCCUUCUUUGUUAUGAGCUGAGACUGAAAUGUUCUCGGACAUGAUUUUUUGAGGCCAUUACGUUAAUAUUUGACAGUAUUUGAAAAUAUUUCUCUUUCUACUCAAACUUGCAGUGUCAGAUAAACAUUAUCGUUAUGGAUUCCUGGAUGUAGACAUUCUUUAUAAAUUACCUUAAAAACUUCUGUAGGAUUUCUGACUUGAUAUUUUGUUACUUAUCAGCCAAAACUCAAAUCAAUAUAUCUGUAAUAAACUGUCAGUGUAUUGAACAGGCUCCAAUGCAACAGAUGAGAGACAAAUAUUUUUUGGAAAAGCUUCAACUUUACCUUCAGAGCCACCAUCAGAUAUUGAUAUAAUUAUAAUAUAUGUAAUUCUAAUAGGCACAUGUUCUUGACAGUUGCACUUUUCAUUCCCUAAAUAUUGGACAGUUCAUUGUCUUUCUUUAGCGCCACCCUCAGCCGCCCAACUUGUCUAAACUAUGGAUACCAUGUUCAUCGUAGCCCUCAUUUUAUUGUGAUGAAAAGACCCACAUACUUGUUUUACAGUGAAACUGAUCCACAUCUAUCAGAUGUUAGCCUUUCCAUGACACCACGGUUUAAUCUGCACCAGGAGAAACACAAAUUUAAAAACAUUUUCUCAUGCCUUAGGAGAUCAUAGAAUGGACCUGGGCUUUAAAACCUUGUCCCUCUGUAUUUAAUAUUCUAUUUGCCAUGUGUACAUACUGUAUUUAUCAGGGCUUGUUCUCUUUAGGGGUUAGUGAUGAGAGGAGGAGUGUGCCUGUGGGAGUAUGAUGUCAUUAACUAUUGAUGUUGGGGAAAAAACAUUGAUCCAAAUGUGCCGGUCACCAUCUCGGGCUGGGCCGUUAUUCAAUAUUAUCAUUUCAUUUCACUAGGAUGGUUGCAUCAGUCACAUCAUGUUUUUCACAUAGUUUAAUCACAGAAAGUUAGAUUUUCAACAGAUUGCAGCUUUAAAAAGAAAAAAAAUGUUAAUGAUGUUAAGGUGUGAAGAGGGAAAUCUCACUAUACAUGAUUUUAAAAAACAUUCAUUACACUGAACAGAAGUUUGAUUGUUUUAUGUGUACACAUGAUUUCAUGAUGAAAUCAAAAAUGGUUCUGAGAACACUUUGUUUACACAGCUGUUUAAUUCCCACUUACAUUCAACAUUUUACAAAUACAUUUUUCAAUUGUAUUUUCAUGGCUGUCUUCCCAGGCUCUGUUUUUGCUUCAAACAUUUUACUGAUAUGGUACUGUGAUUUAUGUUGUAGCUUGUUAAAAGUAUUAAAAAGGUUUACUUUAUCAACAUGGUGUGUGUUAUUGGGUGUAUAAGAAUGAUGCAGAAUAUAAAAUGUACAUCUUUUGUCAAACCUCUUUAAUUUCUCAGAGGAAAAUGAGCACAUGCUCCAAUUCAUUUUGUUCAUCUCUGAUAAUGCACAUUUUAUUCCAACAGCUUCCAUCUCCGCCUGCUAUCCUCACAUCCUGGUUUACAAUUGACCGGAAGUACUUGAAUAUUCUCAAAUUAUUACAGAUUUGAAUGAAGUGGAAAUGCAAAUGUUCAUUCAGAAUGCAGUGGUGUACCCUGGCUUGGAUUUUACUUGAAACUGCAUAUAUAUUUGUGGACAGUUGUAAUAGGCCUCUUUGUGUGCAUCCACUGAGUUGUUUCUUUUCUGGUACUGAAUAAAACAUUUCUUUAACGUCA